AUGAGUCGACUAGGUCAAUCUUGCUACCAAAAGAGGAAGGACAAAAAGGACAUGACAAUCAUUCGACGACGACACGUACGGGGUAAGAGUACAACGGUUCUAUUGAGGGGAACCUUGAGGAUCAAACCCCAGUCCAAAACUAUGGAUAAAGUCACCGGAACAGCGAUAGCAAAGACGAGGAUGUUGAUCUUGAAUAAUGCAAUCAAGAAAAGUGCUGCAUAUGCAGUGACGGUAAAAGUAUGGAGACCUCAGGGUGCAUUGAGAAGUGGAGACGGAGAGUAUUUAGCUAGUACCGUGAAAAACUCGUACAAUGAACAACGUCGCAAUUCAUGGCAGAGCAAGCAUCUAGCAUACGCAAUGGUAUACGACAUUAUGCUUAAAGUUGUCAGUUACCCCGAUGACGGCAAGAUGAUGGAUUAUGCAGGUACAUCUUUCAAAGCCUGA